GGAGCAGUUCAAUACAAAAAUGGCAAACAGUAACAGUUACUGUUAUAAGUUAUGAUUAAGGGAAGUGAUUUGCACAUUAUUCGUAUUAUGUAUCAUUACUUAUCACGCGGAAAGUAAAUCGUAGGGUCGUACAACAACAACAUUAUUGAUAUAUUCAGUAUUGCGACUGUUUUGCAGAGUGUCCGUAAUCGUAAUUCUGUAAAAUCUAAAAAAAUCGAAUCUGAUUAUCAAAGAAAAUGGAAGUGGAUUCUGUUCAAAGCGAGUCAGAUUUUGCCACCUUUCAUGAUAUGCCGAACGAGAUCAUGCAGAUGAUUUUUCGUUGCCUUCAGUUUCGUGAUCUUUUGAAUGCAUCUUUAGUCUGCCAUCGAUGGAAUCAGUUGGUUUUCUACUUUUUCGGUAAUCGAAUUCAGCUACGUGUACAGGCAUAUAAACGGCUAGGGUUGAGUUUCGACGAGGACGCCCUGUCGGAGCAUCGUCAUUACCGAAAUGUUAGUCUGAGUUGUGCUACGCUCAACGAUUUAAACACAUCGUUCACGGAAUCUAUCGUGGAACAUGCUGAAAAUCUUCGGUUGAAUAUCAUCACGGAACACAGAGAUGGGCUUGUUGAUUUUCUUCGAAAAGGAACUCAGUUGCGCAAGCUGCAUUUGGAGAUUAAAAGAUUUAUUGGCGAACGUCCGUUAGAAAAGGCACGACUGAAAAGCGAACUAGCCGGGGUUGAAACACUGGCGCUGUUGUUUGAAUGCGAAUCUUACGGUAGUCGGGUCGUGGUGAAACAGAUAUUCGAGAAAAAUUUUCCGUCCGUACGCCAUCUCGUGAUACGGUGCAACUUUUCUAUGUACGUAGAUGUACUGGAAGGAUUUAUCCCAAGAUUAUAUUCCCUCGAAGUGGAUGUUGCAGGUCGACUGAUAAACAAAUUUAUUAAACUUGAUGGAUUUAUUUCGCUGACUUCACUUACACUUAGGAUGGUUCCAAAAUCGGCACUAUCGAAAUUGCGCAGUUUCCGAAUUGAUGAUUUUAGAGCCUUUCUGCUAAAGCUGCGACAGUUGAAAACGUUGAGUUUAACUCUUGGUGAUCCGGACAACCACGAUCUGUGCAUGGCAGUUUACGGUGUAACAAAUCUUGAGAAGCUGAAGUUUUCAUUAUACACUUUUGGAUUCCGUCCAUUCCCUCCAGAGGAAUCAUGCAUCUAUUUAGAUGGCAUUCAAAAAAUGGUCAAUCUUCGUUCUUUAUAUAUUUCAGCUUCUCGUAUACGAUACCCACCAGAUCUAAAUAUUCAACCUCUAGUUCACAUAACCGAGCUAGUAUUAUCCAUAACUACGCCAAGAUGUUCGUAUAUUUUAGCGAACGGGUGUAAGUUGAAGCAGCUAUUUCCAAACAUGAAGAGCUUAGAAACACAUGGAGGUGGAUUAAAUGAAUCCGAGGCGAAGCUGCUAGUUGAUUGGUGGCCAAAUCUUGAAAUCUUGUUUAUUCAUUCGGGUUAUGUUUCGCAGUCUGCGCUGCGCGUGUUAUGGCAGCUAUCAAAUCUGCGAGUACUGAAACUGAUAGGAUGCUUCGAAAAUGUGCUUUCAAACAACUUGCUGUACGAUCUGCUUCUAGCAAUGUCAAAUCUGCAACAGUUCCAUUGUACUGAUCAAAUGCUGGACCCGACUGUGGUAGAGGAACAGCUUACAAAAAUGAAUUUGAAAUGUUCUGUGUUUCUAAAUGGACGGCUUUUAGGUGCAGGCCUACAGUAAGGAUUAGCGAAUCCUUAUCAAGUGUAAGUUGGUACCUGAUGCUCUUUUUCAUUGUUAUUUUAUGUAAAAUGAAAUACAAAACCAAAAAUGUGUGUUAACGAGAUAGAAAAACCUUUUAUAUUAACAGAUCAUUGAGAAACAUUUCGCUAUAUAAAUAUGUGCAUCGGCAGAAUUUAUUUCUAUGUAUACACUUGUUAAUAUGAACAAAAACGAUGUAGAUUAAA